AUGACAAACGCCAAGAGCAGCAACACAACCUCCAGGAUACCACAAACAACAACAAAAGCAGCAACGCUCAAACAACACCUCCGAGAACAACAACAACAUAAGCAGCAACAACACCAUCACCCCCCUCCAAAAGCAACGACAGAAGAAGCAACAUCACCUCCAAAAGCAACGACAAAAGAAGCAACACCACCACCACCUCCACCAAUUCUAACUCUAACAACAAAAGAAGCAGAAGCAACACCACCACCAUCAUCAUCAUCAAAAGGAACAGAAACAACACCAUCACCACCUCCAAAAGCAACUAAAAGAAGCAACACCACCAACACCUCCACCAUCUCCAAAAACAACAAAACAAAGCAGAAGCCCCACCACAACACCACCACCAACACCAGCGUCACCACCUCAGCAGGGCCACCCCAGGAGUAUCAACACCUCUGA